GCGUUUUUGUAAGUCAUUUUGAUGGUUCAAGAUGACCGCCAAAAAGCUCGCGCUGGUGUGCGAUUGUGUUGGUGGAAAAAAUUAAAUGGCAAAAAAGCGGACACAUGCGUUGUCAAAAGAGUGAUUAAUACGACAUGCUGCACGGUACUGUACGGCGCAGCAUCGCACAGCGUGCUCGAAGGCUGGAUCAGGUGGAGCUCACCUUUCCUACGUGCUCAGCAGUGCACAGUCUACCUAAAACGGCGAGGCAAACAAGUAAAAAAAAACAAGUACACAUAUUUUUCUAAUACUUUACGCUCCAUAGCCCGAUAGCUUAUUGUACUUACGGAGCAUAUUGGCUCGUAUACUACGAUUUUUUUUUACUGAAUUUUACUUUCAAUGUUUUCAAUUUUCCGUCGAUAUGCAUUCAGCUGCAUGAUGGCGUGUGAAUAUACCGAUGUUUGUAGUCAUUCCCAUUCUUCUACAAAACUGGUGCACUAAAAUCUGUCUUAAGUGAUUGCCCAAAAAAGAGCAAGUAAACACAUCAGGAUAAGCGUACACUGUAGCACUUUCUAACGAUUACAACACACAUAUCUCUUGCAAUGUACCCGCUACAGCAUGACGGUUUAGAGGCAAACCGCAAAAGAUGCAAAACCGCAAAAGAUGCAAUCGGCAAGAUGCAAAAUAGCACGCCUUGUUAAUGUAAUGCUUAAAGAUGAAUCAUUUUGUUCAUCCGGGUCUUUUUCUCGCGCAGAUUUUUGCGUGUGCCUCUUUGAAUUGAGGUCCUACGGGUUGCGCAGCUUUCCUAAGGUCCUUACCCAUCAAGUUAUUUACAUUUGUACUAAACUGUUAUCGCUUCCUAUGCAAAUAAUUGAACAAAAUUGGGCACACUAAAUUUAGUCAACCACGAAACGAAAGGCAUAUGUACAAUGGUGGACGAAGCGUUCGUUGUGAAGUGGGAGAGGGGGGCACAUAAGCUCGCUGGAGCAAGACCACUGGAAGCAAGUAAAGGAAAGGUAGAGAAAAUGAGCGAGGUGCAGCGAUAUUCGAACGUCAAAAACCCUCGCCAUGUUGUACGGGGAGUCAAACGACACUGCGAAGAGAAAAUAAGAAAAAUCUAAAUACAAAAAUAAGGUUUGUUGUCGAUGGAAGCGCGAUCAUCCUCGUAUUCUCACGUAGUCUGUUGUGAAGAAAAGAAGUGUGUUGUGUGUUAAGUAUGAGCGAGUCGUGAAGUGCUAUAUAUUAUUCCGUUUGCAAUGCAAAGAGAAAACUUUGUUCGUAUGCGUGCGAAAAUAAGUUAAAAUGUAAACAUUCGCGCUCGGACUCGGGCUCUGUGCAUUGAAACUCCGAAGUCGAAGUAAGUUUUUUUUGCGUGGUUCCUGUGUACGCAUCGGAGCACAUAAACGCAAUGCAGUUGUGGCGUGUAAUUAAAAGCAUUUGCGAAGUUUGCACGAGUCUCUAAAACGAUAGUGCGGUGCUUCGAGCAGUGUAUGUCAAUGUAACGUUGGAAGAUUUGCAGACUUGUAGGAAGAUGUAACUUUACUGGUGUGUUUUUGGUUGGAAAAUGGACCCUGCUACUGGAGUAACAUCUUUAUUUAUCGCAGCGUCGAUGGGAACAUAUUGCCCAUCCGUCCCGUUUUCGUGCAUCAGUGCGUUCUGCGUGUUUCCGUGGAUCUUGCAACCAGUAUGAACUGUUCGAACGAGAAUGGAAUCAAAUUCGAUGAACAAGCAAUAUCAUUGGUUCAAAAGACGACGGAGGAUUUUCGUCAGUUGCCGACACUGACCUCACCGACAUUCGUUCUAACGGCAUCACAAACUAUCACAUCACCUAGGACGAUACCAACACCUGCUUCGCCUCCGAUCCGGAACGCCCAUCACAAUAAGCCUUUGUUUAAGGGCAUACAUCAUUCGGCUGCUACUGCAAAGGACCAAUCGCCAGUAUCAUUGGUACAACCGACAGAAGCAUUUUUCACAGUAGUGUCACUGGAAGGAACUAGCCCAAAGAAGAAACCGAGCAGUUGCUUAUAUGAGUACGAUCCUGUGACGCAACAGACGGCCAGCGGCGCCUGUCUAUCGUUUUACGAACAGCAACAGUUUGGAAACUACAGUUUGUUCGGGGAACUACCCGCAAAAGCAGUUUUAUCAAGGCCUUCCUCAUUGCCAGUUACCAAGGCAACGAUCACUAAUGAUAGGAAGCGAUCAUCGAUAGACGGUGACACGAUCGCAAUGCGCGAUAGUUGGCUGUACCGGCUGCAGCGCAUAGUGGCCUCACAGCGUAGGCCCAUGUUCAGCUAUCUGCUUCCCUUGUGCCUGCUGAUCGGGAUCAUGCUAUUAAUCUACACAUUCAGAGAUACCGCCAAAGGUGUCCUGUUCUGGAUCGAAACGCAGAACACGUGGAUAAUAUUUGUCAUCUUUCUGUGCAUGUUCACCGUCGUAAGUUUUCCCGUAACGGUCGGUUAUCUAGUGCUGAUCAUUGCCAGCGGCUACCUGUUUGGGUUCAUUCGCGGGCUGCUGACUGUGGUGAUCGGCGCUAAUCUUGGUGUGGCCAUUGCGCACAAUACAAUCAAAUCGCUUCAAAGCAAACUGCCCGUACACAAGCUCAUCAGAAACGAAACCGGCCGUGCCAUCCUUCGGGUUAUAUCCGGACCAAGGGCCUUCAAAAUUGUACUCUUUGCACGCUUAACACCAAUACCAUUCGGGCUGCAAAACACCAUAUUCGGCAUAAGCUCCGUAAAUACCCGGAGCUACCAUGCCGGAACGGUAAUUGGACUGCUCCCAGCGCAAACUAUUAACGUAUACUUAGGCUCGAAGCUACGCUCUAUUCACGAGGUACUAAGUGACCACAAUGCUGCUCUGGGACUGGCAGGAUAUGGCGUAUUUGUGGUGGAGGUGAUUGUUGGCGCCGCUCUUAUGAUAUGGGUUAUACAAAAGGCGCGACUGGAACUCUCAGCAGCGCUGCUCGCUACGACCGAUGCGGAUUCGGACGAAAAAAUACUGAUCGAAAUCGAGGCAUAGUUGUGAUACGACUGUCAGUUUCGGCUCCAAAAAAUCGUUCGAGUCCUUCCACGCCAGGCUAGUGAAAUAAGUCAAUCAGUUGUUAAUAUUUGUAUUGUUCUAGGUGAUAGUGAUAUUUAUUGGUCCACCAGACCCAGCUAACGAUUAAGGAUCCCAAACGCAUUAGCAGUCAUGUACCCAUGCACGAAACCACUGAAAACCAACAGUAAUUGCUGUAAGUCUGUAUGCACACAACGAAAAAACAUUCUCUCGUAUGAAUUAUGAUAAAGAAAGAAUCUCAAUCAUACUAACCACGUCAAUCGAAGAUCAGACCGAGCACGUUCUUGACUGUCAAAACCCGUCCGUAGGCUAACAACUCUUUGUUCACCUAUUUAUAUGCAUUUUAAUUUCCAUCUGGAAUAGCAACGAACUAAUUUUCCAUAAGAGUGUGUACAAGUUGUGGCAAGUUGUGAGUUGGUGGGAUUUUUGGGAAAAAUAGAACUAAACAGUUACAAGCAAGCAAGUAAGAUAGUUUUAUUUUUCUGCAAUGCAUUUGCCAACGCCGUAACUAUAUCCCAAAUGAAUGGUACAAGUCUGUAGCAUACCAAAAAUGCUGUUGCAUACGUGUAAUUUUAUUAACUUUUUCAAAUGCUGGUGGAAUGCAUGUCUUCAAUAUGUUUAUACGCGGCUCAACUAAGAUUCGAACAUAUAUGUGGAAAUGUGAAACAAACAAAAAUCAUACAUGCAAUAUAUACUUUUUGAAGAAUAAUUUCUUUUCACCUUUCAACGUUUAAGUUUUGAGUCGCUGGCGAGCUUGCGCGUUGAAAUUCGUUUUAGCGGCAGUUUUAAUGGGCAUCGGAUUUUGCCUCGAUUCCAUUACUUUCGGUAAAAUAUAUCACGUGGACACAUUUUAAAUUUUGUAAUUUAAUGUAGUAUCGAAGUAAGACGAUCCCAAGAUACCUAAAGAAAAUUAUUAAACCUUUUGGAGCGUGUAAGUAAAAACAAAA